AUUUUCUCUCUCUCCAGUCUCCACCAACUCAUCAUCUCAUCCAAAAAACCGUCUCUCCAUUUUUAUCAUUUUUAUGGGCUAUGGGCUUCUCAAAUGGUAGCUUAGACAACAACAAUUACAAUUUCAUGACCAACUCCUCCUUCACCGACCUGCUUAACUCCGGCGCCGACGACUCUUCCAAGCUCACCGUACCUAACCGGAGCUUAUCCGAUCGUAUCGCCGACCGAACCGGCUCCGGUAUCCCGAAAUUCAAGUCCUUACCACCUCCUUCAAUCCCAUUAUCUCCACCUCCGGUCUCACCUUCGUCAUAUUUUGCUUUUCCUCCUGGUUUAAGUCCUACUGAUCUCUUAGACUCCCCUGUUCUUCUCUCCUCUUCUCAUGUGUUGCCAUCUCCGACAACGGGGGCUUUUGCGGCAAACUGGAAAUCGUAUUCCAACAACAACAGCAGCAACAACAACAACAACAAACAAGAAGAUGUGAACAAAUAUUCAGAUUUUACUUUCCAAACCCAAACAAGGCCUAAUCAUGUUUCAUCCAACAUGUUUCAACCUUCAUUUCUUAAUGAACAGGCUGUAAGAGGAAGGGAAAACCAACCAGUACAACAACCAGCACAACCCCAACAACAAUCAUGGAAUUUCGAUCAAAAGAAUGAUGGAUCUUCGAACUCAAUUACAGCUAUGGUGAAAUCAGAGUUUCCUGGUGAGAAUUACAACCAAGGAAGCGUUGUAAAGUAUGAGACAGACCAAAACCCUCCCUACCAACCAGCUCAAUACAUAAGAGAACAGAGAAGAUCAGAAGAUGGGUAUAAUUGGAGAAAAUAUGGACAAAAACAGGUAAAAGGGAGUGAAAAUCCAAGAAGUUAUUACAAAUGCACGUUUCCCAAUUGUCCAAUGAAAAAGAAGAUUGAGACAGCAAUAGAUGGUCAGAUUACUGAGAUUGUUUAUAAGGGUAGUCAUAAUCAUCCUAAGCCUGUGAAUACUCGGAGAUCUUCUGCAGCCGCUUCAGCUGUUUCUGCAGCUUUUCAAAACGGUUCUGUUCCUCCAUCGUCCUCAAAUGAUUACCAUGAUCAUUCAUUAGGUCCGCAGAGAUCAUCCUCGGGGCAAAUGGAUUCCGGUGCUACCCCAGAGAAUUCGUCGAUUUCGAUGGCUGAUGAUGAGGUUGACAUGGGUUCUCAUAGGAGUAGAUCAUCAGCUGAUGGUGAUGAACCCGAGGCUAAAAGAUGGAGAGGAGAAGUUGAUCAGAAUGAAUGCAUGUCAGCUGCACCAGGGAGUCGAGCAGUGAGGGAGCCAAGAGUUGUAGUUCAAACAACUAGUGAUAUUGAUAUCUUGGAUGAUGGAUAUAGAUGGAGAAAAUAUGGUCAAAAAGUGGUUAAGGGAAAUCCUAAUCCAAGGAGCUACUACAAGUGCACGCAGCCAGGUUGCCCGGUGAGGAAACACGUGGAACGGGCAGCUCAUGAUCUUAGGGCAGUGAUCACAACCUACGAAGGAAAGCACAACCAUGACGUGCCAGCUCCCCGAGGCAGCGGGAUGAGCAGGGCAGCCAUGGCUCCUAACAAUGUUCCAGUUUCUUUAAUGGCUAUAAAGCCAUCAGCUGUUAACUAUACAAGUAACGCUCAUUCGUUCCAGACUAGUAAUCAAGGAGGAAUGCCCUCGUCUUUCGACGGGGCAGGACCAUUAUCACCUUUUACAUUACAGUUGUUGCAAAAUCCGGGGAGUUUCGGGUUUUCUGGCUACUUGAAUCAACCUCAAUACUCAGACAACAACAUGUUUUCUAAUACUACUGCUACAACUACUUCUACUAUUAAAGCCAAGGAGGAACCAAAAGAAGACAUGCUUUUUGAGUCAUUGCUUUGCUGAAAGUAAUACUUUGCCUCUUAGUUUUUUUAGGAAAUUUUUACUAAGAGGAAGUUGGUACUUGGUAGAAUUAGUUCAUAAACCUGGUUAUUGAGCAGGCCAGGUCACGGAAUGGGGUCUAUUACUUCAUACUGACAAAAAAAACAAGAUCAGGAUUCAUUUGUUUAUUGUAUUCCACAUUGGGUUGGUUUGUUUGUUUAUUUGUUUAUAUAUUAGUGUACACAGAAAUGACAUAUACAAGAGUUUCGCCCAUUUGUGUAAUGUACAUGGAAUUGUAUGUAUAAAAUACUUUAAUUUAUCUCUAGAAAAAACUUCAACUAUA